AUGACUUCUUUGCAAGAACAACUACUGAUCCAUAGGUCUCGUUUCGCUGACCUGACUCCGGGAAAUAUCACCGCGUUAGCAUUUUCACAUAAAUCUAACAUUAACAAAUUGACACCAUCUGACCUGCGUCUAGCUGUAGGUAGAUCCAAUGGUAGCAUUGAAAUUUGGAACCCACGUAAUGAUUGGGUGCAAGAAUUGGUGAUCCAAGGUGGCGUAGGUAGAUCCAUUGAAGGGUUAGUUUGGUGCAAUGUGCCCGGUGAGCCAUUGAGAUUAUUUUCCAUUGGUGGGUCCACUGUAGUCACCGAGUGGGAUUUGCUUACAGGGUUACCCAUAAAGAAUUAUGAUUGUAAUUCUGGUGUUAUUUGGUCUGUGGCUAUUAACGAACAGAUGGAUAAACUGGCUGUAGGAUGUGAUAAUGGGACUGUUUGUGUUAUCGAUAUUUCUGGUGGACGUGGUGUCCUAGAGCAUGAUUUGAUAUUGACCAGACAAGAGGCACGAGUUCUAACUUUGACUUGGAAUGGGGAUUCAUUUGUCAUUGGAGGUUGUUCUGAUGGGAGGAUUAGAGUUUGGUCUGUUCAAAAAGAUGAUGUCAACAGAGGCAGACUAUUACAUACCAUGAAAGUGGAUAAAGCCAAGAGAGAAUCUACGUUGGUUUGGUCUGUUUUGUAUUUAGCAAAGACCAACCAAAUUGUUUCAGGUGAUUCAACAGGAUCUGUUAAAUUCUGGGAUUUCCAGUACGCUACUUUAACUCAAACAUUUAAAUCCCAUGAAGCAGAUGUCCUUUGUCUCACGACGGAUGCCUCAAAUACACAUGUAUUUAGUGCAGGUGUUGAUAGAAAGAUUUUCCAAUUUACUUCUAAAUUACAAGGAGGGAAUGCAUCCUCACCAAAAUGGGUCAAUUCAUCCAAUCGUUUAUUCCAUGGUAAUGAUGUAAGAGCUAUUUCCUCAUACCAAUCAAAGGGUGCAGAUUUCUUGGUAUCUGGUGGUGUUGAGAAGACCCUUGUCAUUAGUUCCUUAUCCUCAUUUUCAGAUGGUAAUUAUAAGAAAUUCCCUGUGGUUGUACCCUUUAUGAAGAAUAUACUAAUUAAUAAAGAACAAAGAUUAGUUGUUAUGUGGCAUGAAUCAAUUAUUAAAAUUUGGAUUAUUGGAACAGAUGUCGAGUCAGAAAAGAACUACAGAUUAGUUUGUAAACUGACUUUGAAAGAUGAACAAAAUAUUAACACAUGCGCCUUAUCUCCAGAUGGACAAGUGUUGAUUGUUGGAAGACCAUCUACGACGAAAUUAUUCCACUUGCAACCAAUGGGCACAAAAUUAAAAGUAACCAAAUUGGAUAAUGAGUUCUUAUUGAAGACUGGUACCAAAUUUGUUAAAUUUAUAGAUAAUUCCAGAAUUGUAAUGAGUUCGUCAUCCGAUGAUAUUUACACACUAGAUUUGGAAGGAGAAGAUGAUGAGGCUCCAAAAGAAUAUGAAUUAGAGGAUUUGCCAAGUACCAAGAGUAGUAUAAAGAUUCCUUAUAUGAAUAGAAUAAACCAUCUAGACGUAUCACUUACACAUAUUGCGGUUUCUCGUGGAUGUGGUGCUAUUGAUCUCAUCAAUUUGAACACAGGUAAAUCAAAAACUCUUGUACGUUUAAUGAAUUUCAUAACAUCCAUGGCAAUCAAUGUGAAGAGAAAUACGUUGGUGGUAGUCACAGCAGAGAAUAAGAUAUAUGAGUUUAACAUCCCAGAGGAUGAUGAUACUGAGACAGAGCAAGGAGAAGAGGAAUCAUUAUUAACGAGAUGGUCCAAGAAUAAUACUGAAAAUAUGCCUAGAGAAAUUCAACAAUCAAAAGAAAAAUGCUUGGGAAUAUUUUUUGACGAUUCUAAUGAAGAUAAUGUUUGGUUUUGGGGAUCUACAUGGCUCUCCAAAUUCAAUUUUGCCCUUGAUCUUCCUCUUAAUAAGAGAAGGAAGCCUAAGAAGCAUACUCGUGACGGGUUAACUAUCACUGAUGAAAGUAAUUUUAUGAAUGAUGAUGAAGAGGAAGAAGAUGUCGAGAUGGAACUUUCAGAAGAUGUGACAUCUCUACUAGAGUCAGGUCAUAGAAUAAAAGCCAUCGCCGGGGAUAGUAAGGGAAAAGAUGCUCAAAAGGCAUUCUUCUUCACCGAUAAAUACAAGCCAAUUCUUUUUGCCGACUUUGUGGCUAACAAUGAGUUAGUUAUUAUAGAGAGACCUACCUUGAUGGUGGCUAGUCAACAAAAAGCGUUCAAUUUGCCAAAGUUGAGAUUUUAA